GAACACAGUAUUCAAGAUGGCCGAUUUGUCUGCACUUCCUGGAAAAGUCCAGCCUGUGACUGAAGUAAGUUCUUCUGUGGGUCAUUUUGGUGUGCCAGACCAAAUGAGAACAGGGUUCUCAAAUGUCAAAAGUGCAUUAACUACAAGUCAUCCUUUAGAAGCUACAGAGAAAACCUUUCUAAAAAAUCAAGAAAUGCUUGAUUUCAAGAUGCUUAGAAAUACCCAAGGUCUGCAGGCUCCACUAAAACUACAAAUGGAAAGAGCUGUUGCAUCCAAGAUCCAGCGAUUGCCAUGCCUGCCGAGUUCGAUGGUUGCCCUAGAUACACUAAUGGGAACUGACGAGAGUAUAGGAUUUGAAGACUUCUUAAAUGUUCCAGGAGAUACCGAGGCCAUGUCAGAUCCUCACCUCACAAUGGAAUAUAGAAUGGGUCUUCACUGAACAGUUUCCUUAUUUAUCACAGCUGCUACUGUUAUGCAUGUCUGAACCACUGUUCUAUUACUUCCUAUUAAUGAUAUACUUUUCCAGAAAACAGCCAAUGUAUUUUUAUCAGAAUCAGAGGGAGGUCUAUCCAACCCUUAAGCGUUUUGUGGUGACUUCAUCGAGAAAGUAUCCUUCUGAAUGACAUGUAACUGACUCAAAUUUGUUUGGCAUGAGUGGUUCCGGUCAACAGUAGCAUGAUGUACUUGAUUAGUGAAAUUUAAGUGCACUUCAACCACUUGCAUUAUUUCCAGUAUUAGAGUGCAAAAGCAGUGUAAUCCAUGUAAAACUGUUGCAAAAAGCACAUUAUGUGAUCAAUCUACAGUACUAUAUUACUCUUUCCUUUGAGUUCAUGCCACUUAAAGCUUGUAAAUUGUGUUAUUUAACAUCCAAUAUGCAUGGGUGUUGGAGAAAAACAGGUCUUCUCUGGAAACAGAUUGCCAGUUUUUUGUCAUUUUAGGGGUGAGUAUUUCACGUGAAGCCAACAUGCAGGAAAUAUAGUCAAUUGUGUAGACUGAUGAGUAUGACAGACUGACUGGAAGCUGAAAGGACCAUUUGUAACCUUGUGGAUAAAAUAAAAUUAAUUGACAAAUGUCAA